GAACGCGCGCUUCUUCACGAUUGGUCGCACCAUCACGAUCAUCUACGUCGGUGGACUCCCUCCUCUCGGCGAGAGCUGGGAUUUUCCGGACGGGAUAUCAACGAUUUCUAUUCAUUUGCCGGCUUGUACUUUACAGUCCGCAUUUGACGCUCGAAGGAAACGAGUUCUCGAUGGACAAGAUGUGUACAUUACAAAAAAGUUUUUUGGCAUUCUGCCUGUUUGCAUCAGCUAUGGCAACGCCAAUUGAAACAAACGCAGACCUUCAGGUCGUCUCUCAGGGCGCCCAACUGUUUUCCACCAAUUUUGUCAAGACUGUUGCAAAAGAACAACAAGAUAAUCUAAUAACUUCUCCCUUGAGUGCCGAUAUUGCUUUAAGCAUGGCUGCUAAUGGCGCCGCCGGAUCUACCGAGGCGCAAUUUAGGGAUGUACUUAAACUUCCGUCGAAGACACAGACUCUGACCGGUUUUCAGAGUCUCAUCGAUACCCUGAACAAUGUUUCAAAUGUUACUUUGAAGCUUGCUAACAAGCUAUUUAUCGGCAAAAAUUUCCUAAUAAAACCACAAUACAAACAAGAUCUCCAGACAUAUUACCGUUCUGACAUCCAGCCGGUAGAUUUUAGCCAAAAAGCGCAGGCUGCGGAUACCAUCAAUACAUGGUGCCAGGAGAAGACCAACAAUCGCAUCAAUAAUAUCAUACAAGCUGGCGAUUUGGAUCCAUCUACUGCAUUGAUACUCGCGAACGCUGUGUACUUUAAAGGCAAUUGGGCUCAUAAGUUCGAUCCAAUAAACACCGUCGACCGCCCAUUUCAUAAGAAUGCCAAUCCCGAACCUUCUCCAGUCCCUACUAUGUACAGGAAGGGCAACUACAAAUAUGUCGAGUUGCCGAAACAUGAGGCUAAAUGCAUCGAACUGCCGUACGCGAAUAAAGAAGUUAGCAUGGUGAUUAUUCUACCCGAUAAAAUUGAUGGUCUAUCUGCGAUAAUCAAUAAUCUCGAAACAGUUUCCGCUGAAUGUAGCACACGCCUUGCCCAAACGUAUGAGCGCGAAGUCCGGGUGUUUUUGCCCAAAUUCAAGACCGAGACCAAACUGGAUCUUACAGAUACAUUAUCUGCAAAGAUGGGUCUUAGUGAGCCAUUCAGCAAUUCUGCUAAUUUUAGUGGCAUUUCGGACGUACGCCUGAAGAUCGAUAAAGUCGUGCAAAAAGCUUUCAUUGAAGUAAACGAGGAGGGUAGCGAAGCAGCCGCCGUUACUGCUGUUCUAAUUGUGCCACUUAGUAUAAGCUGGACACCUCCACAGUUACAGUUCAACAUAAAUCGACCGUUUUAUUAUUAUAUUCGUUAUAAGAAGAACACAUCGAUCGUAUCUUUACUCGAGGGUCGUGUAAAUGUGCCAAAAAUAAAAUAGAAAUUACGUAAAUAAUUAAAAAAUUUAACGUUUCGAUGUUCUCAUUAUAGUACUUAUUAGCAAAUUUAUAAAAAGCAAUCAGAUUUGAACAUCAAAUGACAGUAUUUUGAUGUCAUAUAACUUAUAUUUGUUACCUGAGCAUGUUAUUGAUAUUGACAUUACUCAGUUUUAAUAUAAUUCUUGUUUUAUUUAAAUAUUUUUGUUUGAUCUCAUUAUAACAAUGCGAUCUUGAAAUCUUAAAUUUGUUAUCCAUAUAUGUAAUUUUCUUAUUUUUUUCAUCUUCGAAUAACAUGGAUCGUUUAUUAGUAUAUAACAUGUUUGCGUAUUUGCAUUUCAAAGAUGUAGUGCUUGGUUAAACUAAUUGAUAAGAUAAAUAUUGAACUCAAAGUGGUGUCAACAUAUAUCGCUUAUAUAACAUAUGGAAGAAAAAACUUUUGAAAAUAAUCAGAUGAAUAUAUAAAUUAGUGUCUAUGUACACUUUGUCCACAAUUAUCGAAAUUGCUUUUGAAAGCACGUGGAUAGAAAUCAUACAAUUAUAUAAUCAUUUUUAUACAUCAAUUAGUGUUUGACGUAAAUUGACUAUUUCAUCAUUAUAUUCAUUAUAACGAUACAUCGUUUUUCACAUCUUUAUUCGAGGGUUAUGUAAACAGUUACUAUAAAAAUAGAUAAGAAAUAAAAAAAUCGAACUCAAGUUCAAGAUGAUGACAAAACAUAUUCAUGACAUAGGUGAAAGAAAUCUUGAAUGCUUAAGCGAAUGUCUUCCCACCUCCCCAUAAUAAGAUAUUUUAGUUUACUAAAUUAUUAAUUGCUGAAAGUGUUUGGAUAGAAAUCACACACAUAGAUCUAUGGACAUAUGACAUAGAUUAGAUUAGCUGUUCUAUCUUAUAUGUAUUUAUCAUAAUGAGGGAACAUCAGCCAUAUUUUUAUUCGGCGGCCAUAUAAAUGUGCCAUAAGAAAAUGUAAUAAAUAUUAUUUAAGAUAAUCUUAAAAUUUUAGACUGGUCACAUUACUAUAUAAUAUUUAUAAUUUUUAUUGUGAUUAGUCUUGUAUUAACUAGACAUUCUUAGCGAGUUAGUCAUCGUUAUUUAUCGAAUUAUGAUAAUAUGAUUUCCAAGUCUCAAAUUUUUCCAAAAUCACAUAAGCUUGAAAAAAUUACAAACAUUGUGAUAUUUUGUAAUCAUAAUAAUGUAAUGCUUUUUAUUCGUUUGUUAAAUGAUAUUUGAUAAUGAAUGUUUAAAUA